AUGGGAUGUUUUUACUCUAGGGGUAAUGAGGAGGACAUAGUCUACGAUAUGUCUCCCAUCAGACAUUUGCCCGUGAUUUUCGUGAACGGGGUCCCGGGUGCUGGAAAUCAAACUGUGGCGCAAACUAUAUCAAACAUAACUGGAUACACGAUGAUUAGGCCUGGAGAAUUGGUGCGAGCUGAAGCUUCGAAGGAUACGUCUAGAGGGCGCUUGAUUGCUGACAAGUUACAGGCUCAGGAAGAUAUACCCGAACAACUGACUGUAGACUUGAUAAAGGAGGCGAUGCUCAUGCAGCAGGACGCUAAAGGGUUCAUCCUGGUGGGCUUCCCGAAGAACCCUCGCAUGUCAAACAUUUUCAACAGGCAGGUGAAAUGGCCAGAGAAGAUUGUGGCUCUUGAAGUAGACAAUGAGGUGGCUGCGACAAGAUUACAGAACAAAUUAUCGGAAUUAGGCAGACCGGAGUCAGAGAUCAACGCGGCACGACAGAUCGUCAGGGAAGCGGCACAUAAAGUCAAAAAUGUACACAAACGAUUCGGAGGUCAUGUUAUAACGCUGGAUAGUAGUGGCAACCCGAAAGCCCUGGCGUCCACACUGAAGGAGAUCCUGUCAGACACCAUAGAACAGUGCCAGAAGCGGCCAGCAUCCCCAGAUCUACAACCACCAAUGGCUGUAUCCGCCCCAGCAAUGACGCAGCCCAUAUUGGCCCAGUCAACCGACUCUCAUAUGGAAAUAGAGGAAGCCGAAAAGUAA